GUAUAGUUUUACAUUAAAAGUGAAAAAAGUUUUUCAUGCAGUUAAACUAAAAUAAUUUUUAAUAUAUGUAUGUAGAAGAUCUCGCGAGAUCUGUUGACGCUCAAAGUAUGUUUUAGAAAGGAAUCGCAGCUACUACCACACUAAAUUAUAGCUCAAUAUUUAUCAAAUUCAGAGUUAAAGCUGUUGUGUUUGAUCCUAAAGUUAAUCAGCUGUAAAUAUUGGCUAGGCUAAAUCAAAUGAUUGAUUUCUGAAUCCAUCCAAGAGAUUUUUUUGCUAACUCUAAAGUGAAAGAAGUGAUUGUUAACUCUAAAGUUUUAGACAAGUUUGUCACCCAAAGUGCUCAAAGUGUGUGUUGGAGAUGAUUCUCAGCUACUACCAUGUUAGGUUUUUAGCUUAUUAUUUGAAGAACUGUCUGAGUUAUAACAUGUUGGCUAAGAUGUGGUGGCUAGGUAUAAUUGUAUGCAACACCUGAGUUAGUGUGUAAUUUGUUUAAAUAUUAAGUAAAAUCUGGCCUUUUUAUGUUUACAGAAUUAUUAUUGUUUAAAAAUUUGACCAUGUACAAAUUUUUAAUGUGAUAUUUUAGAAAAAAAGUAUUUCUGACAGCUAAUAGUAAGUGUUUUCACAAGUAUUAAAUAAUUAAACUACUGAGAUUUUUUUCUUACCAUAAAGUUUUACUUGCAUAAAUAUAAAAUGUUUGUAGCUGGCUUUAAAUUCUGCUGAAGUUCUGGUGUUAUUCUGAUGCAGCAGGUUUAUAUUGUAUAAAACUUUUAUACAACUGCAUAUUUUUAUUUUGUGUGUGAACUGCUGUUUGUGAUGCUGACUUUAACUUUCUUCCAUUCAGCUGAAACACAACGGUCUUUGUUGGUCUGAGGGGUCACGUUUGGGUCAGAGAUGAUGGGUCGUAAGCUGGAUCUGACGGGUCUGACGGACAGUGAGGCGGCACAUGUCCUACAGGUGGUCCAGAGGGACAUGAGGCUCCGCAAGACCGAGGAGGAGAGACUCAGUGAACUGAAGCAGGAGCUGGACGAGGAGGGCAGUCGCUGCCUCCUGCUGUCGCGGCAGACCUGCUUCAACCAGCGCUGCUGCAUCCGCUGCUGCUCGCCUUUCACCUUCCUGCUCAACCCCAAACGCCGGUGCCGGGACUGCAGCUACGACGUCUGCAAGGCCUGCCGGGUCUACUGCAAGCAGGACAGAGCCUGGCUCUGCUCCACCUGCCAGAAGAGCAGAUUGCUGAAGACGCAGUCACUUGAGUGGUUCUAUGCAAAUGUGAAGAAACGCUUCAAGAGGUUCGGCAGCGCCAAAGUGUUGAAGACCCUCUACAGGAAACACCUGACGGAGCACAGUGCACUCUCAGAGCUCACAGAGGGCAGCGCCUGUGAGGAGAGCAUCUGCAAUGAGGGCAGCGUCUGUGAGAGCGACUCCACUUUCUACAGGCAAACUGAAGAGCACAGCAUGGCAGAGACGCUCAGUGUGGCCACGCGGGUCGCAGAGGAAGUCAUAGAUGAAGCCAUUUCCACAGCUGAGUUUGACGCCUCAACUCAGGAGAAGCAAAAUGAAGCCCGUUAUCUGCGGCAGCACAGAGGAGAGCUCAUCGAGGAACUGGCCAAAACCAUUGUCCAAAAAAUAAUUAGCAGGAGGAACGCUUUGGCUGAGAUGAAGGCUGAGUAUGACCACAGCUGGCCCCUGGAGCACGCUGCUGACCUUCAUCAUCAUCAUCAGCCUCUAAGUGAUCAAGCCUCCAGCUGCUCGAAACCAAAACUUUGGAAGUCACAUUUGGCCCUCAAGCUCCUGGAUGAUGCCUCUGCUGCUCAGGUACCUGACUCUCCAUCUCCAUCAGCCUUAAAGAAGGAGGGCGGCGGGUUGGCCAUGACUGCAUGGAGGAGUGUAGAUCGACUUGACAACUCUGUGCUGAAGAGCCCAGACGGGAACUGGAUCGCCCUGCAGAGUGCCCAGCUGUCCCGCCCCACCCUCCUCACCAAAAGGAAGAGCCUGGUCUACAGCGCCUUGGAGAGGGAGUCCGGAGCCGUGUCGGCCUACGAAGGUCUGGACUCUGACGGUGAAAACAAACCAGAGCCUGACAGUUCCUGGGGAGCCGUCCUGCAGGAGAUCCACAGGAAGAUGAUGGACUCGAACCUCAACCUGCACGACUUCGACAACAGCGUCACGCCUCUGAUGGACCACCAGGUCGAGAGAGAUGAUCUGUUCUCAGACUCCGAGGGGAACUGGAAGUCCAACAAGCCUCUGUUAGCUCUUCUGAAGCGGAAGGUGCCCGCGGAGAUCAGGAAACCGUCGUCGUCCCGCAGGACCAGCAUCAUCGACGUGAACUUUAACUCGACGGGCGACGGAGAUGGGGAGGAGGAGGUCAAGAUGGCUGCUGAACCGAAGACAAGGAAAAUGAGGAGAUCACGGAAGAAGAGGAGAAGCAAAAAAGAGCCAUCAGCUUCUGUGUCGCAUUUCAACAACAAAGCCAGUUCUCCUCUACAUCCCUCUGACACUGGGACUCCUGACACUGUCACCUCCGGAGUCACCACCCCUGAACCUUUUGACCCUGACGGUGACAUCACUGGAAAUGGAGACAAUCACAUUGUGGAGGAUUUUAGUUUGAAACGGCACCAGUUUGAGAGCCGAGUUUCCGGAUCUCCCACCAGAGAAAAAACAGAUGAACAAUAUAGUACUGAUGGUGGAAAAGAGGAGGGAAGGUCACCCAAGGUGGAUGCUGACUCGGAUGGAGGAAGAGAAGAUGACGAAGAGGUGAAUUACCGGUUGUGUCGGCUCGUUUCACAGUUCAGCCUCCCUGACUUCUCCUCCACUGACUAUGAGCUGGACAGAACCGGACAAAGUGAAGCAGAAUGGGACCAAGAAAAAGGCCUAGAAGAGGGCGAUAAGGAGCAGAAGAUGGAGCGACUAAAUUAUAAACUGUGUCAGCUGGAAAAGGAAGUCAAGGCAUCGCAGUUGUCCUCCACCGAAGAAGAGCUGGACAGAGUGGACUUUGACGAACACAGAGAGGAAGCUCUGGCUGUUCGAUUGUCCAGAUUAGCUAAUGAAGUUGACCCCGCCCAGUUUUCAUCCACAGAGUACGAGCUGGACAGGUCGGGACGAGGAGACGGCGAAGAGGAGGCGAUGGAUGAAGAGACGCUGUGGAAGCUGCAGCCGGACAAAACUCAGCUGUGUCAUUUGGCCAGUUUGGUCAGUGCCUCCCAGUUCUCCUCCACUGAGGACGAGCUGGACCGAGUGGGAGAGAACGAGGGAGACGGCGGAGAGAUGAAGGAGCUGUGGGAUGGAGCAGAAUCCAUCGGAAACGUAGACCUGAAAAUGUUUGACUUGAGGGAGGAAACCCGAGAACAAAGAGUUUUGGAGAGGCUGACGAAGAGUGCGGAUGACGAAACCAACGAGCAGAGAAGCAGAAAUCUCUUGGAUGAAAUACGAGGGGAUGUUGCAACAGAAAAGGAGGAGUUUGGUGACAAAAAAGUGGAAAAUUUGAAAGUUGAGAGAGAAGUAAACGAGACACAAGAGAUUCCUUUGGAAGCGAACAGAACAGCUGAACGAGACGACGAACCUGUGGCAAACAGGACCGAUAAAAAGGAAGAAAAGUUUUCAAACGUCGGUGAGAGGAAAUGGGAAACGGUGGCGAAAAGUGACGAAGAAGACGCAGAAUUUGACAGAAUAAUCAGCAGCAUGCUGAUGAUAACCUUGGAGGACAUGCGUGUGGAAACGAUGGACAAAGACGGAAGAAAGAGCAAACUGGAGAACGACAGAGAGAGGGAGAGUGGAUCGAGAACGAGGCCUGCUGAUGCAGAAAGCAGAGAUGCUUCAGAGGAAUGUCUUUCAAAUGAGAGGCCAGAGUCCGCAGUGAAAGAACAGAAGGAAACUGAAGGACAGAUUUGCAAUAAACGGGACGCUAGAGACAUGACAAGUAGAAGUGAGAACACAGAGGAAGGACUUUUACAUUCGGUUAAAGACAAACUUGCAGAUAUGACAGUGAAAGAGACUCUGUCAGAGGCAGAGCCCAUGAGUCCAGAGGGUCAGAAACAGGAUGGAAGAGGAAGCACAACAGACCAGGAAGCAGCAGAGACGAGGACAGACGUGGACCAAAAACCAGACGGCAUGGAGCGGGGUCACUCCUCUGAUCAUCAGCGGGGGUUCCUGUCACCAGAGGAGAUCCAGAACAGAUACUCAGCAGCGUCACUACGCAGCAUCACCACCGAGGUGCUGAAGGUGCUGAACGCCACCGAGGACCUCCUGCAGGGAGCAGAGGGCCGAGACGACACCCGGCUCUCCAUCGCGCUGCCACCGAACGCGGACCCCAAGAAGCUGGACCAACAGUUCUGGAGACUGGAGGAGAACGUUUAUGUGGCCGCUGGUUCCGUGUACAGUCUGGAGGCGGAGCUCAGCGAUCUGGAGGAGUGCGCCAGAGAAAUCUGCAGCUCCACGUCCAACAUGGAGUUGUUCUAUCUGGAGGAGCAGGUGGCUGCAGCAGCUGCCAGGGUUCAGCAGUCGGAGCUGCAGAUCAGCAACAUCUCUGCAAGAAUUGCUGCUUUGAAGAGCGCCGGCCUCAACGUAGACCCUCAGUCUCGCUUCAAUAAAACCCCCAGGACCACCGCAGAUAUGGCUGCAACCCUGGACUCCUCAAGACAUCUGAGGAGGAGAUUACCUGCACCACCUGUGAAAGGAGACAAAGAAACCUAAACCAUCAGUGUGAUACAGACCCUCCAACCAUCAGCAGUCUUUCUGCAGGCCGGUCCUAAAUGAUCCAUUCAGACACUAGUUGCCUUAAUUUACCUUCAAACUAGAAAUGCCUCAAACUGUAGACACUAGCACUUUAUGUAUCAUGUCAAUAAUGCAGAAAAUAGACAAUUUCAGAUCCAGAUAAAAAAGACAAAAAAAAUAAACUAGCCCUGCAAAUUGUUAAACAUAUGAGCUAAUGUAGCAUGUUAUAAAAUUUCUGUCUAUAAUUGUAAAGCCAGAGCAGUUCUGUAAUUUAUUCCUGUAUUUUUCCAUCAGCUGGGUCUGCUUCAGUGUUUUCUGCCUUUUAAGCACAACAGAAUAAAAUCAAAGUUGCACAAAUCUGAGUCAGUGGAAGGUGGGCGUCACGGUGAGGAAUUUAGUGUUUUGGAAAUCAGGAAAUGACACUUGAAUAUGACAUUCCUCUUUGUGAAGGAGGUGUGGAAGAAGACGGUUCGGGGGAAACAAAGACCAUCUUGAAGGGAAACAGUUUGAAGCAUCACCUCCUGCUGUGAAUAAAACCAGCAUUUUUUUUUCCCUUUACAUAAAAUUGUUAGUCAAACAAGCUAAAUAUGUGUUAGAAUGAUGAGGUUUGUGUGUCUCAGGAAGCUUCUUGUCCAUCAGGUUAAAAAAAUAAAAA